CGCAGCGUCCCCGCGCGCGGUCCGGGCCGGCAGGAGCGCCGAGCCGCCGCCGCCGCCUCCGCCUCGGCCAUGCGGCGCCCGGGCCGGGGGCCUGGGCUGGGGCGCGCGCCGCCCCCCGCGCGCCGCCCGCGCUGAGCCGCCCGCCGGGCGCCGCGGCCACCAUGGUGCAGAAGUCGCGCAACGGCGGCGUCUACCCCGGCCCCGGCGGGGACAAGAAGCUCAAGGUGGGCUUCGUGGGGCUGGACCCCGGCGCGCCCGACUCCACCCGCGACGGCGCGCUGCUCAUCGCCGGCUCCGAGGCGCCCAAGCGCGGCAGCAUCCUCAGCAAGCCGCGCGCGGGCGGCGCGGGCGCCGGCAAGCCUCCGAAGCGCAACGCCUUCUACCGCAAGCUGCAGAAUUUCCUGUACAACGUGCUGGAGCGGCCCCGCGGCUGGGCGUUCAUCUACCACGCCUACGUGUUCCUGCUGGUCUUCUCCUGCCUGGUGCUGUCCGUGUUCUCCACCAUCAAGGAAUACGAGAAAAGCUCCGAGGGCGCCCUCUACAUCCUAGAGAUCGUGACCAUCGUGGUGUUCGGCGUGGAGUACUUCGUGCGGAUCUGGGCCGCCGGCUGCUGCUGCCGCUACCGCGGCUGGAGGGGGCGGCUCAAGUUCGCCCGGAAGCCAUUUUGUGUGAUUGACAUCAUGGUGCUCAUCGCCUCCAUCGCGGUGCUGGCCGCGGGCUCCCAGGGCAACGUCUUCGCCACUUCAGCGCUGCGCAGCCUGCGGUUCCUGCAGAUCCUGCGUAUGAUUCGCAUGGACCGAAGGGGUGGCACUUGGAAGCUGCUGGGCUCUGUGGUCUAUGCCCACAGCAAGGAGCUGGUCACGGCCUGGUACAUUGGCUUCCUCUGUCUCAUCCUGGCCUCCUUCCUGGUGUAUCUGGCAGAGAAGGGCGAGAACGACCACUUUGAUACCUAUGCUGAUGCACUCUGGUGGGGCCUGAUCACGCUGACCACCAUUGGCUACGGGGACAAGUACCCCCAGACCUGGAACGGGAGGCUGUUAGCUGCCACCUUCACCCUCAUCGGCGUCUCCUUUUUUGCGCUGCCUGCGGGUAUCCUGGGCUCUGGCUUUGCCCUGAAGGUACAGGAGCAGCACCGGCAGAAGCACUUUGAGAAGAGGCGGAACCCGGCAGCUGGCCUGAUCCAGUCGGCCUGGAGGUUCUAUGCCACCAACCUGUCCCGCACUGACCUGCACUCUACGUGGCAGUACUAUGAGCGCACAGUGGCCGUGCCCAUGUACAGCUCGCAAACUCAGACCUACGGCGCCUCCAGGCUGAUUCCGCCGCUCAACCAGCUGGAGCUGCUGAGGAACCUCAAGAGCAAGUCUGGACUCACCUUCAGGAAGGAGCCUCAGCCGGAGCCAACAGCAAGCCAGAAGGUGAGCCUGAAGGACCGUGUCUUCUCCAGCCCCCGCGGCGUGGCGACCAAGGGCAAGGGGUCCCCCCAGGCCCAGAGCGUCCGGCGCUCCCCCAGUGCUGGCCAGAGCCUGGAGGACAGUCCCAGCAAGGUGCCCAAGAGCUGGAGUUUUGGGGACCGCAGCCGUGCCCGCCAGGCCUUCCGUAUCAAGGGUGCUGCUUCUCGGCAGAACUCAGAAGAGGCCAGCCUCCCGGGAGAGGACGCCGUGGAGGACAACAAGAGCUGUACUUGCGAGUUUGUGGCCGAGGACCUGACCCCUGGCCUCAAAGUCAGCAUCCGUGCUGUGUGCGUCAUGAGGUUCCUGGUGUCCAAGCGCAAGUUCAAGGAGAGCCUGCGGCCAUACGAUGUGAUGGACGUGAUCGAGCAGUACUCGGCCGGCCACCUGGACAUGCUGUCCCGCAUCAAGAGCCUGCAGUCCAGGAUAGAUAUGAUUGUGGGCCCCCCACCCCCUUCAACUCCCCGGCACAAGAAGUACCCCAGCAAAGGACCCUCGGCCCCUCCGCGAGAGUCGCCCCGGUUCUCCCCUAGAGUGGACCAGAUCGUGGGCCGGGGCCCGGCCAUUACCGAUAAGGAGCGUGCCAAGGGCCCUGCUGAGGCAGAGCUGCCGGAGGACCCCAGCAUGAUGGGCCGGCUGGGCAAGGUGGAGAAGCAGGUCCUGUCCAUGGAGAAAAAGCUGGACUUCCUGGUCAGCAUCUACACACAGCGGAUGGGCAUUCCCCCGACCGAGACGGAGGCCUACUUUGGGGCCAAGGAGCCAGAGCCGGCGCCGCCCUACCACAGCCCCGAGGACAGCCGGCAGCAGGCAGACCGGCACGGCUGUGUCAUCAAGGUCGUGCGCUCCACCAGCUCUGGUGGCCACAAGAACUUCUCAGCACUGCCUGCCCAGGGCCCGCCCUCCGCCUCCUCAUGGCAGCGCCCAGGCCCUGGCGCAUCCCCCGUGGGGGACCCCGGCUCACUAGUACGCAUCCCGCCACCCCCAGCUCAUGAGCGGUCCUUGUCAGCCUACGGUGGCCACAGGGCCAGCGCCGAGUUCCUGAGGCCGGAGGAAGCACCAGGCAGUCGGCCGGAGGCGGGGCUAAGGGACAGCGACACGUCCAUCUCCAUCCCGUCCGUGGACCACGAGGAGCUGGAGCGUUCCUUCAGUGGCUUCAGCAUCUCCCAGUCCAAGGAGAACCUGGACGCCCUCACCAGCUGCUGUGCGGCCGUGGCGCCCCGGGCCCGUGUGCGCCCCUACAUCGCUGAGGGCGAGUCGGACACGGAUUCAGACCUCUGCACGCCCUGUGGGCCACCACCCCGCUCGGCCACUGGUGAGGGCCCCUUCAGCGACAUGGGCUGGGCAGGGCCCAGGAAGUGA